GCCGGACAACCCUGGUCUAUAUAUUGAUUUGUGAUGGGCUGCUGUCUCUGUAUGAUGGACCGGUCCUUGUUGGAAACAAAAAUGGUACCGGCCCAAAACUAAACGCAGCAGAAGCAGGAAUGAGGAAGUUGUUUUAAAGACUCACAGAUAAACCUGUUUUAGACACGUCACUCAAACACAGAACCAUGAAAACAGAAAUCACAUGACUUCAGGGAAAGGUAAACUGAAGUGUAGUUGAUCUGUUGUGUGUUUGUGUCUCUGUAUUCAAGCAGUAAAAUGGCAGAAGCCAGAUUUUCUCAGGAUGAGUUGAUGUGUCCAGUGUGUCUGGAUCUCCUGAAGGAUCCAGUGACUACUUCCUGUGGACACAGUUACUGUAAGAGCUGUAUUACAGGCUGCUGGGAUCAGGAGGAUCAGAAGAGAGUCUACAGCUGUCCUCAGUGCAGACAGACCUUCAGUACAAGACCUGCUUUAUCUAGAAACACCAUGCUGACUGAACUGGUGGAGAAACUGAAGAAGACCAAACUCUCUGCUGAUUGUGACGCUGGAGCUGGAGAUGGAGAUGUUCAGUGUGACGUCUGUCCUGGAAGAAAAUACAGAGCCGUCAAGUCCUGUCUGGUGUGUCUGGAGUCUUACUGUCAAACUCAUUUUGAGCGGCAUGAGGAGUUUCAUUCACGUAAACCACACAAAGUGACCGAAGCCACUGGACGACUGCAGGAGAUGAUCUGCCAGAAACAUGAGAAGAUCCUGGAGGUUUUCUGCCGCACUGAUCAGACAUGUAUAUGUGUGCUGUGUACAAUUAUUGAACAUAAAAACCAUGACAUUAUACCAGCUGCAGACCAGAGGACAGAGAAACAGAAGCAGCUGAAGGAGACUCAGAAGACGCUCCAGCAGAGAAUCCAGCGGAAAGAGAAAGAUCUGCAGCAGCUGAGAGAGGCUGUGGAGUCUCAUAAGCGCUCUGCUCAGACAGCAGUGGAGGACAGUGAGAAGAUCUUUACUGAGAUCAUCCGCUCCACUGAGAGAAGACGCUUUGAACUGAUACGACUGAUCAGAGAUCAGGAAAAGCAAGCAGUGAGUCGAGCUGAAGGACGACUGGAGCGACUGGAGCAGGAGAUCAAUGAUCUGAGGAGGAGAGACGCUGAGCUGGAGCAGCUUUCACACACACAGGAUCACAUCCAGUUCCUGCAGAGUUUCCAGUCUCUCUCAGCUCCUCCUGAAUCUACAGACGUAAAUGACAAUGUCUUCAUUUCUGUCAUCUCUUUGUUUGAACUGAGAGUAUCUGUUCAUCAGUUGAGACACAAACUGGAGGAUUUCUGCAAAGAGGAGCUGAAGAAGAUCUCAGACAGAGUUACAUUCAGCAACAUUGUUCCCAGAACCAGGAACGACUUCCUACGAUAUUCCCAUCAGCUUACUCUGGAUCUGAACACAGUGAAUAAACAUCUCCGUCUUUCUGAGAACAACAGAAAGAUUACUUACACCGACACAGAUCAGUCGUAUCCUGAUCAUCCAGACAGAUUUGAUUAUUUUCGUCAGGUGUUGUGUAUAGAAAGUGUGUGUGGAUGCUGUUACUGGGAGCUGGAGUGGAGUGGAGAUGUGUUUAUAUCAGUGUCAUAUAAGAACAUCAGCAGGAAGGGAGAGGGUGUUGAGUUUGGAUCUAAUGAUCAGUCCUGGAGUUUGGAGUGCUCUUCCUCUAGAUACAUAUUCAGACACGAUGACAAUGUGACUCGUCUCUCUGUGAAGCCCAUCAUCAGCAGCAGAAUAGGAGUGUUUGUGGAUCAGGUAGCAGGAACUCUGUCCUUCUACAGCGUCUCUGACACAAUGAGCCUCAUCCACACAGUCCAGACCACAUUCACUCAGACGCUCUAUCCUGGGUUUUUGGUUGGUUACGGAUCAUCAGUGAAACUGUGUUGAUGAAUCAGAGCAGACUGAACAGAGAUUCUACCCAUAAUGCUCAAUAAAUUUUUAAAGGUUUUGUUGUUGUGGUGAAGUUUUGUCCACACUUUUUUGACAACACUGUCAGACAUUCAAUAACAUGUAAAUAAAUCAGUGAAUAAAUAAAGGAUCUGCUUGCCACA